GGACUUUAUCUGUACCGGAGAUUCCAUUUGUAUUUCAUGAUUAAGGGAAAAAGGAUGAAAAAGGAAUAUACAGACAGAGUUUCUUUCUCUCUCUCUCUCUACAUCUCGGGAUUUUCUCUCUAGUUCUUGAUUCGAUUUUACUGUUCUUGAUCAAUUCCAUUUCAAUUGAGUAAAUUCUUCAAUUUUCCUCACUCAAGCGAAAGGAGCUAGGGCGUGGCCGCCAAAAAAAUUCACUACUAAACAAUGACUAGUAGUAUGUCAAAUGAGCGACACGUGGCCGUCUUGCCAUUCCCGUUCACCAGCCACCCCGGCUGCCUCCUCGGCCUCGUACGCCACCUCGCCGCCAAAGCCCCAGACGUCACCUUCUCCUUCUUCAGCACACCUAAAUCCAUCGAAACCCUGUUCUCGCCAGCUAAAAAGGUGCCCGGCAACGUAAAGCCGUACGUGGCGCCGGACGGGGUGCCGGAGGGACACGUGCUCUCCGGAAACCCGGAGGAGCCGGUUAGGUUGUACCUGGCGGCGGCGGAGGAGGGGGAGAGCCUCAAGGGAGUUUUGAAGGCGGCUGAGGCGGAGACAGGGCGGAGGAUCGGGUGCGUCAUGUCGGAUGCGUUUAUGUGGUUUGCCGGCCGUUUGGCGGAGGAGAUGGGGGUUCCGUGGGUUCCGUUAAUGACGACGGAUGCUAGGUGUCUCUCGGCUCAUUUUUACACUGACCUGAUAAGGGAAACUGUUGGAAUCCAUGACAUUGCUGGACGGGAAAACGAGGUCGUGAAAUUCAUCCCAGGAUUUUCGGAGCUACGCCUCGGGGACUUGCCCAAGGAAAUCCUGUUUGGAAACUUGGAAUCUCCAUUCGCAAUCAUGCUACAAAAAAUGGGCCAGGCUCUAACCAAAGCAACUGCAGUUGCUGUCAACUCCUUUGAAGAACUGGAUCCUGAAAUCCACCAAGAUCUCAACUCCAAGUUUAAAAUGUUCCUCCAUGUGGGACCGAUCAAUUCAUUAUCAUCGUCGUCAAAGCCGUCCUCCUCGUACUCAGAUGACUACGGAUGCAUUCCGUGGUUGGACAACCGCAAACCCGCCUCCGUCGCCUAUAUCGGCUUUGGAACAAUAGUUACACCGCCACCGGUUGAUAUUGCGGCAUUGGCUGAAGCACUAGAAGCUACCGGCACUCCAUUUCUCUGGUCUCUCAAAGUUGACUUGCAAGAGUUUUUUCCGAAAGGAUUCGUGGAGAGAACUACCAAGCUAGGAAAGAUCGUUUCGUGGGCACCUCAAGAGCAAGUUCUGGCACACAGUUCAGUAGGAGUACAUGUAACUCACUGCGGGUCCAACUCGGUAUUUGAGAGCAUUGUGGCAGGUGUGCCACUAAUUGGGAGGCCAUUCUUCGCGAAUCAAUACCUAAAUGCGUGGAUGGUGGAAAGCGUGUGGAAAAUUGGUGUGAGGGUGGAGGGUGGAGUUUUUACCAAAAGUGCCACAAUGUCUGCCUUUGAACUGGUUUUGUCUCAUGAAAAGGGGAAGGAAUUGAGGGAGCAAAUUGGGAAGUUCAAAGAGCUUAUUCUGAAGGCUGUUGGACCAGAAGGGAGCUCAACUCAGAAUAUCAAUACCUUGUUGGAGGUAGUGACAGGGUACGGUCUUUAGAAGUAGUAUGCUAAUUCGAAGACCAGCGAAAACCUAAUUCCAACGAUUGCAUUGGAUGUAAUAAGAACAUUUAUUGUGUGUCUCUUUGAGCUUGUAGAAAUUCAAAAACUUCUGCUUGGAUGUAAUAAGAACACUUGCUGUGUGUGUCUUUGGAGUGUGUAGAAAUUCCAACAAUUAUGUUGGAUGUAAUAACACCAUAGAUUGUGUC